GUGCCAUGGGGGCAUCGUCUUUCAGCAUUCUCAUUAAUUACACGCCGCACUAAUUAGCCUGUAACGGAAUAGCGAAAGGAUUAUCUCCUUCGUUCCCACCUGGAUGGAUGCCUUCGCACUUCUGGUAUUUCCCCAAAAUUUAUUGUCACGCACGAGCUGCUGGCAGAAUAAUCGAGUGGAAUCGCGUCCAGUCAUCAGUCAACCAACCUUUGUGCGUCGCUGGGGUUUGCUCCCCAGCCUUCGGCAGACGCAUUGAACCAACAAAAAACGGCAAACGACCCGACUUCAUUACAGGCCCAUUAAAAUCGGUCCAAAUUCGGCUAUAUAAAGCGGCUGGCGGCGGGCUAGAAAAAUUUUAUUCUUUUUGCAGCGCCGCAGUGGCGAUUAAUCACUAAAUUAUAAACAUGCAAAAAUCGAUCGUUUGUUUUGGCUUUCUGCUCUUUUUGCUGGAAUGUUCGCAAGCGGCAUUUAACUGCUCUGCGCCGCCGAAUUUCAAUAAUUUUGACAUUAACACUUGCUGUCGAACUCCGGAGUUGGAUAUGGGUGACGUGCCCCAGAAGUGCCACAAACAUGUGAGUGGCUUAAAGUCAGCGAACUCUAAGUAUCCCAGCUUUGCCCACCUGUGCUAUCCUGAUUGCAUUUAUCGCGAGACAGGAGCUUUGGUCAAUGGAAAAAUAAGAAUGGAGAGGGUAAAGCAGUAUUUGGAACAACAUGUUCAUCGGCGGGACCAGGAUAUUGUUACCAAUAUAGUCCGAUCCUUUGAGUCCUGCCUGUCCAACAUUAAGGGUCACAUGCAGUCAUUGGGCAUUGAGUCCUACAAAGUCCUGCCGCACGGCUGUUCACCUUUCGCCGGGAUAAUAUAUAGUUGCGUGAAUGCCGAGACCUUUCUUAAUUGCCCUCCGAAAAUGUGGAAAAACGAGAGACCCUGCAAUUUGGCCAAGGAAUUCGCAGAGCAGUGCAACCCUCUUCCACAUGUUCCGCUCCCCAGCAGUUGAUUUCAAAUAAAGAUCUUUU